GGAGGAAGGAGCGUCACUUCCGGGCCUCCCAAGCCUACCGUGGGAAAGUGUCCCUCGCCUUUCCCACGGGUGCAGGAUGAACGACUCCAGCGGGGCUGCAGAUGUCAUUUGGGAGAACGAGGAGCAGAAGGACAGAACAUCCAGAAUGUCACAAGAAAGGAUCGUGACCAUGGAAAUGGAAAUGAAGAUUGGGAACCCGGAUGAACCACAUAGACAGGAUGAAACCCUACCAGAGGAUGGCAGGAAAGAAUCCACUGCUUUUCAAGGUGGAUAUCUCCCAGAUGUUCAGGAGAUGAUAGACACUGAAGAGGACAGGAAUAAAUGUAUCACAUGUGGGAAAGUAUUCAGAGACGACUCAAACCUUAAGCGGCAUCAGAGAACCCACACAGGAGAAAAACCCUAUCAGUGUUUGUACUGCGGGAAGAGUUUUAGCCGGAACACGAACCUUGCUUCACAUCACAGAACCCACACAGGGGAGAAACCGUAUAUGUGUUCCGUUUGUAGCAAGACUUUUUGUGAUAAAUCGAGCCUUAACCGACAUCAGAGAACCCAUACAGGGGAGAGACCGUAUGAGUGUGACGAGUGUGGGAAGAGCUUUGAUCUGAGCCAGUCUCUCAUUAGCCACCAGAGAACCCACACAGGAGAGAGGCCCUAUAGGUGCUCAGAAUGUGGGAAGACUUUUAACCGGAGUCAGAACCUCCGUAGCCACAAGAGAAUCCACACGGGAGAGAAACAGCACAAGUGCUUGGAAUGCGGGAAAAGUUUCAGCCGCAGCCAGAACCUUACGAGGCAUCAGAGCAGCCACACAGAGGAUAAACUGUAUAAGUGCCAUGAGUGUGGGAAAAGCUUCCGUCUCAGCCAGUCCCUUAUAAGUCACCAGAGAAUUCACACGGGAGAGAAACCAUAUACAUGCUCCCAGUGCGGGAAAAGCUUCAACCGGAGCCAGAACCUUAUCAGCCAUCAGAGAAUCCACACUGGAGAAAAACAGUACAAGUGUUCAGAAUGUGGGAAAAGCUUCAACUGGAGCCAAGAUCUCCUCCGUCAUCAGAGGAUCCACACAGGAGAGCAACCCUAUCGCUGCACGGAAUGUGGGGAACGCUUCAAUCGGCGAGAGAAUCUUAUCAGACACAUGAGAAUACAUCUGGGAGACACCACUUAAGUUGUAAUGAGUAGGGUGGGGGGAAGUGAACAGAAACCAGUUCCUUAUCAUUCAUCUGACAAUCCACUUUUAUUUUUAAAAGCAUGCCAUUAGAGAAAUCUAUGGUGCGACUGCAUUUCAAAUAGCGUGUACAGUUCUAGUUGUCUCACCUCAAAAAGGAUAUUGUGUAGUUGGGAAAAUUUCCGAAAACAGCAACCCAAAUGAUCAAGGGAAUGGAUUGACUUCUCCGCCCUGUGUCAGAAUUUGGAUUGUAAGCUCCUGGAGGACAGAGACCUAUCGUCUUAAUAUUACUAUGUAACGAAACAUGCACAACAACAUUUCUAUUCAAAUAAUUUAAAAAGUUUACGUCCCCUAGAAAAGGUGUGUUCCAUCGUAAGGCAGAAUAUAACAUUCACAACAGCUUGUUUAAGUUUGUGAGAAAAAGUGGUUUUAAACAUGCCUUGUUUUCUUGUUGGAUAUUUUUUGCUUCACUUAAUAUUUAUUAAACUGAUAUCCCCCCUUUA